AGUCAAAGCAGAAGUUACACCAUCAGCGUGAACACUCGCGUUUGAAUCUUGUAGGUGAUUCCUUCUCGUUUUGGCAGUGGUCUAACCGCUUUAGCAGAACAACAUACUCUCUCUUCGGCAGUUAGCUAGACCUACGUUUUAUCUGCAGAUUGCUCUGAUAACCAGCCAUGAGAAUGAGCCAUUACCUGAGUAUAUUGUUGUUAUUGUGCAUCGCAAGCCUUUUAACGCAGUCCACAUGUACCUUGCACUCUAGACCGCGUCCGAAAUUGAAAGGGAUCCUGGGGUUUGCGUGGAAAAACUGUGGAUCACCUGAUGACCCAGCUGUCAUGAAGACCCUAUCGAUAUCGCCAGACCCAAUCUCUGUCCCAGGAAACCUGAUGGCAAGUGCGAUGGGGACAACAUCAGUUGCGCUCAGCUCUCCCCUGUCUUUGAAUGUGACCUUGGAGAAGGAAGUAGCUGGUUUCUGGGUCAAGAUACCGUGCUUGGAGGAGAUUGGGAGUUGUCACUACCCCGACGCCUGUGACCUGCUUGACCAGCUGAUCCCUCCUGGGCAGGACUGUCCUGAGCCCCUGCACACAUACGGCAUACCAUGCCACUGCCCCUUCAAAGCUGGGGACUACACGUUGCCACAGUCGGAGUUCUACUUGCCUGACAUAGACCUGCCCUUCUGGCUCACCAACGGGAACUACAGAGCCCAGGGGGUCCUGGGAGCAGACGGGAAGGAGCUGGGCUGCCUUAAAGUGAGCCUGUCCAUGCACUCUACCUGAGCCCAGGUCCUCAGCUGGACCAACAGCGUCACCUGCACAGGGGGCCAUCACUCUUCUGCACAAUCAUGUCCGCCAUUUCCCCCAAGAGAUGCACGGACAGUUAAAUGAGUAUCUGUCAGAGUUUCAUAGAUGGGACACUCUAACCCUAACCCUAUUUCAAAUCAACCAGGGUUUCAUAAAAACCAAAAGAAUUGAGGUUGGGGGGGAAAAAAAACACAGAAAUGGCUGAAUCGACGUGGAGUAGACCACAUGCUGUGUCAGUUUUUGUAAGCUCUUUUUCAGAUGGAAAUGCAGGCCUAAAACUGCAACAGCCUAUAUUAAUGCUAGUGAUCUGUAGUUGACGAUCUGAAAAGCUGUCAUUUCAUCUCCAACCACACAGUAUGUCUUAUGUGUGUAUGGCUUUAACUGGGAGGUGGUAGGGAUGGCAGCCUGUCUCUGUGUUUGAUAAGGGACAUUGUGCUCACAGCUGGUGAUCAUUGGUGAAGAGAGAAUUUGCCUGAAUUACUGCUGUUUUUAUCUUUCAGAAAUGCACUUACAAUAGUAUUUUUUUAUUGUUUUGUUUAAUAAACAGUCACUGCUCUGCG